CCCCCCCCAGGCGCGCACAGAUCCCCCCAGCCCCGAGGAUGCUCGCACUUGAAUCGGCACAGUUCGAUGGGUCCCACUAUGGCUGCACGUACCCCGAAGGCAGCUUGUAUGACCUGGAUUCCUGCAAACAGACCCCCAGCUUCCCCCACUACCUGAGCGACGCCGAGGGCCCCACAGAUCCUGUUGUGAACUGGCUGGAACUACAGGAUCUUAGCUACGAGGCCUUCGAUUCGGGGCAGCUGGCCCCACUGCAGAACGUCCAGGUCUCCUACACGCAUGGCCUCUACCCGCAGCUCUCGCUGGAGGCCGUGUACAGCCUGGAGGGGGCGCCACCGGGGCAGAGCCACCUCCCAGCGGACAACUACAGCACCCAGCCCUGUGCCCCCUACGGGGCCUGCCCCCCGUCCGGCGCCCUGGCCAGCCCCCCGGUCUCGGAGGACGAGGAGUUCCCCCUGGAGAGCCCGGCCCUGGAGGUGUCCGACAGCGACUCAGACGAGAACCUCUCUGCAGAGGGGUCGCCCGGCUACGAGGCGGGCUCCCGGCGGAAGCUGCGGCUCUAUCAGUUCCUGCUGGACCUGCUGCGGCGCGGCGCCAUGCGGGAGUGCGUGUGGUGGGUGGAGCGCGAGGCCGGCGUCUUCCAGUUCUCCUCCAAGCACAAGGAGCUGCUGGCCCACCGCUGGGGGCGGCAGAAGGGGAACCGCAAGGCCAUGACCUACCAGAAGAUGGCCCGGGCCCUGCGCAACUACGGCAAGACGGGCGAGAUCCGCAAGGUCAAGAAGAAACUGACCUACCAGUUCGGCCAGGCCCUGCUGGGGCCGCCGGGCGCCAACGCCCCCUCGUAGGGCCCCGGGCGGCGGGACCGGACAGCGCACUGAGCUGCCCUGGGGGGGGGGCGCUGGGAACGGACCGGCCCCCCACCCCCAAAGCCGCCCCACAGAGCUCUCCCCAGGAGCCAGGACGCCUGGGUUCCAUCCCCGGCUCUGGGAGGGGAGGGGGGGCUA